AUGCCUAUCGACGGGAAACUCGUCUGCGUCACCGGAGCCGGUGGCUACAUUGCUUCUUGGAUUGUUAAGUUACUCUUAGAGAGAGGCUACACCGUAAGAGGAACCGUAAGGAACCCAUCUGAUCCCAAGAACAAUCAUCUCAGAGAGCUUCAAGGAGCCAAAGAAAGACUCACUCUUCACAGUGCUGAUCUUCUUGAUUACGAAGCUCUCUGUGCCACGAUCGACGGUUGCGAUGGCGUUUUUCACACUGCUUCUCCGAUGACCGAUGAUCCCGAAACAAUGUUGGAACCGGCGGUGAAUGGAGCAAAGUAUGUGAUCGACGCGGCAGCUAAAGCCAAGGUCAAACGCGUGGUAUUCACGUCAUCGAUCGGUGCAGUUUACAUGAACCCUAACCGUGACCCUCAAGCCACAGUCGACGAAAACUGCUGGAGUGAUCUCGAAUUCUGCAAAAACACCAAGAAUUGGUAUUGCUAUGGGAAGAUGGUAGCUGAACAAUCGGCGUGGAAGACCGCAAAGGCGAAAGGUGUGGAUUUGGUGGUGCUAAAUCCAGUUCUAGUUCUCGGACCAGCGCUCCAAUCAGCGGUCAACGCUAGUCUAGUCCAUAUUCUCAAGUACCUAACCGGCUCAGCCAAGACCUAUGCUAACUUGACUCAAGUCUACGUGGACGUCCGCGACGUGGCACUGGCCCAUGUUAUGGUCUAUGAAUCAUCCUCUGCCUCUGGCCGUUACAUUCUCGCCGAAACCGCGCUUCACCGUGGCGAAGUUGUUGAGAUUCUGGCUAAAUUCUUCCCCGAGUAUCCACUUCCGACCAAGUGUUCGGACGAGAAGAAUCCUAGGGCAAAGCCAUACAAAUUCACUACUCAAAAGAUAAAAGACUUGGGCUUGGAAUUUAAACCAAUCAAGCAAUCUCUUUACGAAUCAGUCAAGAGCUUGCAAGAGAAAGGCCAUCUUCCUCUUCCUCAAGAUUCGAACCCAAACGAAGUCAUAAUCGAAUCUUAG